GAGAAUAAAGAUAAUGGCAAAGGAUAUUCAGAGGUUUAGCUAUGUUAUGUGUCUUUUGGUCUCAAUACUUGUGAAUAUAUUCUUUUUCAAAAACAUGUAUUAUGAGAAGGAGAAGUUGAGUUGGAGCCAAAGAGCAGCAGAAGAAGCAGAAGCAGUGGCUUCAAUUUCAUGCUCAGGAAAUGGAAGAGUAUAUAUUGAUAGCAUUGUUGUAGAUGGAAAGCCUAUUUGUGAAUGCUAUUCUUGUUAUGGAGGCCCUGAUUGCUCUCUAUUCUUCCCAAAUUGUCCUGUUAAUGUUGAAAGUGGGGAUCCCCUAUUCUUGGAACCUUUUUGGAUACAAAAUGCAGCUAGCAGUGCAGUAGUGGUAGCAGGUUGGCAUAGAAUGAGCUAUUCCUUUCCUAAUCAGUCUCACAUAUCAAAGGAGCUUGAGAAAAGCAUAAGAAAGAUACAUGCAAUUGCAAAGAAUGCUAUCACAGAUGGAAGAUACAUUGUUUUUGGUGUUGGCUCUACUCAGCUCUUAAAUGCUGCAGUCCAUGCUCUUUCCAUGGAGAAGCCUUCCUCUUCUUUCCCUGCAAAAGUGGUUGCAAAAAUCCCUUAUUAUCGGCCCUAUAAGCUUCAAACAGAGUUCUUUCAAACAUUGCAUUAUGAAUUUGAAGGAGAUUCGUCCAUUUUAAGAAACAAAUCUGAUUUUGCUGGAGUUGUGAUUGAGUUUGUGACUUCACCAAAUAAUCCAGAUGGGAAUUUGAGAAGUCCAGUUUUAAAAGGCCCCAACGUGAAGACAAUUUAUGAUCAUGCCUAUUAUUGGCCUCAUUAUACAGCAAUUCCAGCUCCUGCUGACAAAGAUCUCAUGCUUUUCUCCAUAUCUAAGCUCACUGGUCAUGCUGGAAGUAGAUUUGGGUGGGCUAUUGUGAAGGACGUGAAUGUGUAUAAAAGAAUGAUGGACUAUAUUGUUCUGGCUGAAAUGGGGUUCUCAAAAGAUACCCAAUUGAGAGCCUUAACUCUUUUGAAAGUUGUUGCUCAAGGAAAUGGCAAGCAAAUCUUCAAUUUUGGACAUGAAAUCAUGAGGGAUCGUUGGGAAAAAAUGAGUCAUGUCUUCUCUUUAUCUAAACGUUUUAGACUCCAAAGCAUUCCAACUCAGUAUUGCACAUUUCUUGACAGAACCAGAGAACCAUCUCCAGGUUAUGCAUGGGUGAAGUGUAAGAGAAAAGAAGAUAAAAACUGCACACAAGUAUUCAGAGUAGCAAAAAUCAUAGGUCGACCAGGCAGCAAAUUCUUUGCAAAAAAUCGUUAUGUUCGACUUAGCUUGUUGAAGGGUCAGCAUGAUUUCGAGAUGUUGAUUCGUCGACUGAAACAAUUGGUUUCUCGAGAAGAUGAAGAAGGUGUACAACCCAUGUCAAGUUUUUAACUACUAGAUCGAUCUAUGAUUAUGCAUCCAUACCUCUUAGUAUAUGAUUUAAAAUGUCGUGUAAACUUCCUAGACUUUCAAAAUUUCUUUAAUAAAACUUUGACUUAAUUGGCCA